AUGUCUAACUCAAUAGACUUGACCGGCGACGCCGGUGUUGUCAAAACAAUUCUACAAGAAGCACAGUCCGAUGACUUGCCAGAAAACGGCCACGAAGUCGAGGUGCAUUACACUGGCAAGCUGGAAUCUGGGAUUGAAUUCGAUUCUUCCCGUAAUUCUACAUUCAAGUUUGUGUUGGGAGAGGGAAGCGUUAUCAAAGGAUGGGAUGUGGGUGUAGCAUCAAUGAAAAUUGGUGAAAAGUCUCUUUUCGUAAUACAGCCUGAAUAUGGUUACGGAGAUGCCGGUGCUGGAUCAACAAUACCACCAAAAGCAGUCCUACACUUUGAAAUUGAGCUCAUCAACUCGCGCCCCAAGCCCAAAGAUUGUAAUGACAUGACCACUGACGAAAGGAUCCAGGAGGCUGCCAACUGUAAGGCUUUGGGGAACAGCCACUUUUUGAAGGGGAAAUACAGGGCAGCCAUUGACAUGUACGAUGAUGCGUUGCGCUAUCUUUCGGAAAGGGAUGAGUGGUCCGAGGAGGCGGUUAAGGUUUCCGAUGUGACCAAGCUGCAGUGCCACCUGAAUCUGGCCAAUUGUUUCCUGAAGACCGAAGAAUACAACCGAGCGGAAUACAACGCCACGGCAGCACUGGCUAUUGAGCCGGAAAACGUCAAGGGGUUGUAUCGCCGCGCGUUGGCACGAACAAAAAUGGGAUCGUUCGGCGAAGCACUUAUCGACCUUACUCAGAUUCUCAAGCGAGACAGCAAAAAUGCCGACGCGGUGAAUCUUUACAAGAUAGCAAAGGUCAAACAUCAGGAGCAGAAUGAGCGAUCGAAAAAGCAAUACCAGAGCAUAUUUAAAAACAUUACGUUGUAUACCGAAAAAUCUGGGAUACGAAACCUGGACACGAUGCCCAAGGUGUAUUUGGACCUUGCGUUCGGCGAUGAGCGCCGGCGACUCGUUAUUGCGCUGUUUGAGGACACCGUGCCUCGAACCGCUAAGAACUUCAAGCAGCUGUGCGAUGAGAACUCGGAGAUUAACUACAAGGGCAACAAGUUCCACCGCCUAAUCAAAGGUUUUAUGAUACAGGGUGGAGAUGUGACGAAAGGUGACGGCACAGGAGGGAUGAGCAUCUAUGGCGAACAGUUUGACGACGAGGCUUUUGUGGACCAUCACACAGAACGCGGCCUGCUGAGCAUGGCAAACUGCGGACCAAACACAAACAACUCACAGUUCUUCAUUACAUUCCGCGCCACACCGCACUUGAAUGGCAAGCAUGUAGUGUUCGGUAAAGUGGUGGAAGGAGAGGAAGCGCUCGACCUACUGGAGGAAUUGGAAACUGGGCCAAACGAUUGCCCCAAAGUUGACAUUACAAUCGAGCAUUGCGGCACGUUGUAG